UAACAUACGGACGUACCCUGAAAGAAAUCAACUAAUGGACUGACACAUGUAAACAAGGAGUUUUCGAUUAUGGAUUUUUGAAGUACAUAUAAACGCGUCGCAUCUGAUUACGGCAAUUAUUGGGUUUUUAAUGUCACGUAAACGGGCUCAGUGAGAGAAAUGACUUGUUUAAAGCGGUUAAUUUUCUGUAAAGGAGCCCAGAUGAAGGUUAGCAGGUCGUUUAGUGCUCCUUCUACCUCCUGCAGAUGCUUCCAUGCUGAACUAGUUAGACAUGACUCCCGUGGGCUUCCUGUAGUUCAUCACAGCGACUAUGUGUGUGAUCUCCCACCCAACCAUAGGUUCCCCAUGGGCAAGUUCCCACGGGUGUUCCACUUUUUACUUAAAGACCAGGUCAUUACAGAGAAACAGAUGUGGAUCCCUCAAAUAGCCUCUAGAGAUUUACUAAGCUGUGUACACACUGAUGAAUACUUGAACAAUUUUAUAAAUGGGACAACAAAUGAACAAGAGCAAAGGAGGACAGGAUUCCCCUGGAGUGAAGGCAUAGUGAAACGCUGUCGAUAUGAAACAGGUGGGACUGUUCUAGCUGCUGAAAUAGCGCUGCAGAGGGGCCUAGCCUGCAGCACAGCCGGAGGGACUCAUCACGCUUUUCCAAACUUUGGUUCAGGAUUCUGUCUCCUGAAUGACUUAGCAGUUGCAGCCAAGUUUGUGAUGGACAGCUCAUCACCCAGGAGGAAGGUUCUGAUUGUGGAUCUAGAUGUGCACCAGGGUGAUGGCACGGCAUUCAUUUUUAAAGAGGAGCCAAGUGUGUUUACUUUCUCGGUGCACUGUGGGAAAAACUUUCCACUUCGUAAACAACAGAGUGACCUCGAUGUCAGCGUAGAGGAUGGACUUGAAGACAAAGAAUACCUCUCCACAGUUGAAGCUCAUCUUCCCUGGCUGUUGGAGACUUUUCGUCCAGAUCUGGUUUUGUAUGACGCUGGUGUCGAUCCUCAUUGGGACGAUGAACUGGGCAGGCUCCGUCUGACUGACCAAGGACUGUACCAAAGAGAUCUAUAUGUAAUGAAGACGGUGGUGGGCAGAGGGGUUCCUGUCGCUGCUGUGAUCGGAGGAGGUUACUCCAGAGAUAUCGAUAAACUGGCCCUCAGACACUCCAUCGUACACAGAGCAGCAGCUCAGGUUUGGAGGGAGUCUGGAAUGUGAAACCUUUAAUCCCCUACGACACAAGAAUCUCAAUGGAACUGAGCCACAGGAGUCGAUCAGUAUAAAAAAUUUUAA